GUAAGGCUUUUCCUCCAGUAGUAUAACAAGACAUCGCGUGAAGCAGUGUCGUUCAAUAUCCCUUACUACUUUGGACCCUAACGCUGGUAGAUAUUUUGCGCCAUUGACAGGAUCUAAGAAGACAUCAUGUUUGAGACCCUGACGAAUAAAAUACCUCUUUCACCAACGAGUCAAGCUUUGAUUCUAGGAUUAACAAUCGGACUGGUUUCCUAUAAACUUUUUGGGAAGAAAUACAAACUACCACCCGGUCCUUGGGGGCCACCAUUAGCUGGAAACUUGUGGUCAAUGCGAUCUGGACCAUUGUAUCAAUUGCUUUGUAAAUGGAAAGAGAAAUAUGGUCCUGUUGUUACAAUACAUAUAGGUCCAGUUACAUGUGUGACACUGAACGAUGCUGAAGUUGUACGAGAGGCUUUGAUAAAGAAAGAUGUCGAAUUCGCUGGCAGAGUCAAAAUGCACUCAGUUGAGCGUUUAACUGAUGGUUAUAAAGACAUUGUAUUUGCUGAUUUGAAUGCCGAAUGGAAAGUUUUAAGAAAAGUCGCACUUCAAGGAAUGAGAUACUUUGCCAGUGGUGAAAAACUUGGGGAAAAACUCUAUGAUGCUGGAUCUCAAAUGAUUAAAAUAAUCAGAGAAAAAGAAGGAGAAAAAUUGGACAUGGAGAAAUACAUCAGUCUUCUUAUAUUCAAUUUUUUACAUGGAAUCUGCUUUCUUAAACGUUUUGAUGUGGAUGAUAAGGAAUUCUUGUACAUGUUGGAAAUGUUUAAUGUUGUAAAUGAAGAAUUUGGAAAUGGGGUUUGGGAAGACGUUAUACCACUUCUUAAACAUUGGCCAACAAAAAGGUUUCAAAGAAUAAUGCAUGGAUUAGACUAUUUUAAUGGAUUUAUCAAAAAAGAGUACGAAGAUCACAAGAAAACAUUUUCUAAAGACGACAUAAAAGAUUUUACAGAUUUUCUGAUCAAUGCUAGAAAUGAAGCAAUAGCUGAAGACCCAGCUGUAGAACAGAUGAUAACAGACAUUCAUGUUGCUCAGGUCAUUAGUGACAUCUUUUCAGCCGGUGUUGAUACCACAAGACAGACUUUAACUUGGACCAUCUUUUUACUGGUUCAACAUCCUGAAAUCCAGAAAAAGGCACAAGAAGAAAUCGAUCAAGUUCUAGGUAUGUAGGCUAACCAUUGUAUAUCAGAUAAAGAAAGAUUACCCUAUACUGAAGCUGUUAUACAUGAAAGUAUGAGAUUUAUGCCAGUCGUACCAUUGGGUGUUCCUCAUUCUACAUUAUGUGACACAACACUAGGUGAAUAUGAUGUUCCAAAAGGUACAAUGGUAAUGGUAAAUCAUUAUGCUUUACACAUGGACAAAGAUGUUUGGGGUGAUCCUGAGGUAUUUAGACCAGAAAGACUACUAGAUGAAGAUGGUUCAUUGGCUCCUAAACCCAUGUCCUGGUUACCUUUCUCUUGUGGACGUAGAAAUUGUCUGGGUGAAACUAUCGCCCGACCAGAAAUGUUGCUAGUAUUGGCGAUGUUAUUGAGAAAUUUCUCAUUUAGUUGUGCAGAGGGUAAAACAUUGAAUAUGACUCCUACAGGUUCUGUAGCUAUGCAGCCGCCAAAAAAUGAAAUUAUUGCUACUAUUCGUAAAUAGAUUCGUGAAUCUUGCCACUUAUUCUCAAAAUGAUCUUAGCCCUAGAAUGUCCUAUAGAAGCGUUGUUACAAGAUAAGACCCUAGUACAUCCUAGCACUAAGAUGGUAUCGAGAAUAUCUGACCUGGUUAUGAUUCAAAGGGAAUAACAUGAGAUCUAGUAUUGAGUGCGAGUCUUGGCAUCACUUUUCAUUUUAUGUACUUAAGUUACAGUUUGUAGCAUUUAUGACCAAUAUACUAGUGAUUUCUUAAUUUGCACUAAAAUUGAUUGUACAUAUAUAGAUGUACAUGUAUUAUACUGUAUAUUCUGACAUUUUGUUGGGAUACCUUUUGAAUUUGUAUUCAAUUUAUCAAAGAAGAAAGUUUUGUGAAUACAUAUUUUGUACUCAAUUACACUAAUCUUUGGUCAUCACUAGGAUUGAUAUUAUUUUACAGUAGACGAACUGGAAUUACACAUUUAAAAGUGAUACGUCAAGUGUAGCUGAAAUGAAGUUUUAUCCAGAAAAAACAUGUUAAACGGAAGCAGCCUAUCUUGAUUUUAGGAAUUUUAUCCAGUAAUUGAAAGUAUAUCUUAACAAUCUCCCCAACUUCAUUAGGCUUGCAUUACGAAAUUUUUAAAUGCAGAGGUUAGAUUGGAUUGUUCGCUAGCGAAUACAGGCAAUCAGAGCCUUCGACAGAAAGCCUGUAAAGUAUAAGCCAUAAUGUAUACAGUCUUUAUGUCGAAAGCUCUGAUUGGCUGUACUGGCUAGCGCACAAUCCGUUACAAAUCGUUACAAUCCGUAAAGAGCCCAAUGAAGUCAAGGUUUUAGACACAUUUCACAAUAGGUUGACAUUGAGAAGAUGAUAUAACCCCAACCUAUAUUAUGACCAUUGUGUUCAAUUUUUAUUUUAUAGUUUUCUAAAAGUAUAUAUAAUAAAUAUAUCAAACUAGU